AGAAGUGACUGAAAAGCAUAUCUGGACGCCAUCUAACAUGUCGAGGAGAAGAUUUGAUUGCCGAAGUAUUUCAGGCUUGCUAACUACAACUCCUCAAACUCCAAUGAAAAUGGAAAACUUUAAUAAUUUUUAUACACUGACAUCUAAAGAGCUAGGAAGGGGGAAAUUUGCUGUGGUUAGACAGUGCAUAUCAAAAUCAACUGGCCAAGAAUAUGCCGCAAAAUUCCUAAAAAAGCGCAGAAGAGGACAGGAUUGCCGCGCGGAGAUCCUGCACGAGAUUGCCGUGCUUGAGUUGGCAAGGUCCUGUCCCCAUGUGAUCAAUCUCCAUGAAGUCUAUGAAAACACAAGUGAAAUCAUUUUGGUAUUGGAAUAUGCUGCAGGUGGAGAAAUUUUCAACUUGUGUUUACCUGAGCUGGCGGAAAUGGUCUCUGAAAGUGACAUUAUCAGACUCAUCAAACAAAUACUUGAAGGAGUUUAUUAUCUGCAUCAGAAUAACAUUGUGCACCUUGAUUUAAAGCCACAGAAUAUAUUAUUGAGCAGCAUAUACCCUCUUGGGGACAUAAAAAUUGUAGAUUUUGGAAUGUCUCGAAAACUAGGAAAUGCAUGUGAACUUCGGGAAAUCAUGGGGACACCUGAAUACUUAGCUCCAGAAAUCCUGAAUUAUGAUCCUAUUACCACAGCUACAGAUAUGUGGAAUAUUGGUAUCAUAGCCUAUAUGUUAGUAACUCAUACAUCCCCAUUUGUGGGAGAAGAUAAUCAAGAAACAUACCUCAAUAUAUCUCAAGUUAAUGUAGAUUAUUCAGAGGAAACUUUCUCAUCAGUUUCACAACUGGCCACAGACUUUAUCCAGAGUCUUUUAGUAAAAAAUCCAGAGAAAAGACCAACAGCAGAGAUCUGCCUCACUCAUUCUUGGCUACAGCAAUGGGAUUUUGGAAACUUGUUUCUCCCCGAAGAAAUGUCCAGUCCCCCUCAAGGUCAGGAUCACACAACAAGGUCCUCUGAAGACAAGACUCUGAAAUCCUCCUGUAAUGGCACCUGUGAGGAUCGAGAAGACAAAGAGAACAUCCCAGAGGAUAGCAGUGUGGUUUCCAAAAGAUUCCGCUUUGAUGACUCGUUGCCCAGCCCCCAUGAACUUGUUUCAGAUGUGCUCUGUUAGCACUCUUCUCUCUGAUUCCUGUGGACUGAACUUGACAUUUGAAAUCCACUCCAGUGUGUGACUGUGGUCUGUAGCUUUAUAUAUGGCUUGUUUAUAUUGUAAAUGCACUUUUGCAUAGGAGGAUUUAGGAAAUUGUUAAAAUGUCAUUAGUUACUAGCAUAAUUUAAUUUCCUAUCCUGAGAUACCACUAUGCAGAGAAGAAAAGACUUAAAUAUAUAACCAAAAAUAAAAGUGUGCAUUGGAAUAAUUUAAGUUCAUAUGGACUUUCAAAAUGUUUUAUAUAUCAGGAAAAGAAAGUAAUUUGAGUUAUAUUAUGGUUGAUGUAAACUGAAAAUAAUGAAGAGAUAUUUUAUAUUUGAAGAUGUUUUGAUGGCUAUUUUGAAAUUACAUAAGAUUCUCAUUAUAUGUAGUGUGCUCUAUGAGAUAGGUCCUUUACCCAGAGCAAAGGGGGAUUACAAACCAGAGCAGGGAUGUUAUGUACAAGUUAGAGCAGAGGAAAGAGUAGCAUGGCAUUUUAACUCUCAGUCUUCUUCAGAUGUAAUUGGAUCUGACAAAUGGAAAAUACGGUUUAUAAGGGUAGAGGAUUUCAUCUUCCAGAAUUCCUAGAGUAGAAGAUACUUCGGGAAAACUGAGUGCACUCCAUUUUUAGUCGGCCAAACACCUUUAUUAAUUGAGUUAGGAGAAAAUGGUGACAGACUUAGGUGACUUAGAGAAUUCUAGAUGUCUUCUAAGUCUUGAGAUACGAGCCAGGCAUUCAGAGUUCUAAAAGUGAGCAUUCAAAAAGUCACAGCACCAGUGGGACUAUGAACACAAUGCCAGAGUCACAAGGUAGAUGUGGUCAUAAAACACCAUGCCCUUAAGCCCUCCUGAAGUUCCCGCGUCGAUUCCUAGUGGUGGUGCGGCUCCCAGAAGGCCCCCUGCAGAGGGGCCCUCGCGGUCUUCUGGUGGGACCAGUGCCAGUAAGUCCCUGGGACAGCAGGACGUGUGCUCAGGGCCGGGACUAUGUGUGGUCCCAGUGGGGCAAGUUCACUCCUGGGGUGAUCUUCGAUGACUUUGCACCUGGUGACUAUUCAAAAGUCUAUUAUACUGUCAUGUUAAGGUCAUUGUAAUCUUUAUAUCCCCAGCAUUUCUUGAAGGAAAGUUGUUUCUAUUUGUGUGUGUGUAUAUGUACAGGUAUAUGUAUAUAUGUAUAGAGAGAGAAAAUAUAGUCUUUAGACAACUUUGUCUAGGCAUUCUUCACUCUGAUAUGCUCAACUCAGGUGCCAAAGGAGCUCUUGUCUUAUGACAUAUGAAUAUACAUAUAAAUUCUUUAAGGAGCAGUUUGUUGGGUCAAUAAACUAGUCAUUGUGGAAGCUAAACUGGGUUUUUGUAUAUGUAAAACUGAUGAGUUUUUUUCUGAAUUGUUGAUUGUCCAUUUAUUUGCCUUCAGUAUUAAGGUAAUGCAGGUAAAGCUUAGUAAGCCAUUGGAAAAAGAGAAAGUGAUUACUUUUACAAAAGACCAUAUUAUAUAUUUAAUUUCUAGAGAAAUUGUGCCAUACUAAAAAAAAAAAAUCAAGAAAUGUUAGAAUUUUGAAUUAUAAGCUAGUUCUUAAAAUAUUUUAUACUAGCUUUCUUUAAUUCUUAAGAAUAUUAAAAUACUUUAUAUACUUCCUCUUAGUUAAUAGAAUACACAGAGUUGUAAAUUUCCAGACCUUUUUUCCUAACAAUUUCUAUUAUAAAAAAACAAAAACAAAAAAAAAACCCAGUGGUUGCACAUAAACAGUAUUCAAUUUUUUUCAUAAGGGUGAAUUUAAAUAUUUUUACUAAUUGAAAUGUAAAAAUAAAGUAAAGCAAUCUUUAAAGAGAAGUUAUUAACAAAUGACUCAAUUCUUAUUUUUUCUUCUCCCAAGAUUGAAAGUCUAUGAAAAGCAGAUGAUGUAUCUGACUGAAGCAGGAAUCUAGAGUCCCUGUGAGGUGAACGGAUGCCUGAAAACACAUCUGAAGAGUAGUGUGAAACUGUGAUGAAUUUAUAGAAUUUAAUUUUCCUCUUGGAUCAGAUCCCUAGAGAGGUGGGAUUAAAAAGUAGUAGAAUAGAUGACAGUUAUAAUUGCCAUUUAACUUUUUUCCCCACACAAAGUUAACCUAACUCUGAGGACGAAAGUUGUCAUGGCCCUUUAGAGAAGCCCAGCAGGGCCUGUUCGUAGAUUGUGAUGAGAGAAGGUGCCUGUGCCGGAGGCUAAAUCAACACAUAGCUUCCUUCAUCAAGGAAGUCUUGCUGUAGCAGCUGGUUAAUGCUAGAACUGGUUUUCAUCUAGCACGAGCUCGAUCUUUUUGGAUUGGUUGCAGAUAGUUCAUGGGCCAUACUUUGAAUAGCCCGCUCUAAGCAACAGUGAUAAAUGUUGGUAUUUUAUAACUGUUUACAUUUCCUCUAUUUUGAAUUUUCAGUUUGAUAUCUGACUUGGGAACAUCCUUAUUCAAUGUUGUGUAAACAAUUAUUCUUUAAUUUCAAAUUGUAUUAAAAUUAAGUUAUUCAACUUCCAGUUUGGGAAUUACCAGUUUAUACUUUUAUGAAAGUUUAAAAAACUUUAAUUGUAAAUUUCACACCAAUUACAACUGCCCUCCAACUUAGCUUUCAUUAAAUAUUCAUGUUGCUUGAGGCAUAUUGAAUGACAUUGUUAUGAAACCUUCAGUAACAAAACUUGUUACAUCAGCUUAAUGAUCCUUUUGGUUAAAAAUUAUAAGGCACUUUUGUUUACAUUUGUGGUUGUCUUUUGUUCUAAAGUAUUUCUAAAUGUAUUAUUCAUAAAAGCAGACCUUGCCUGGAGGCUCUAGCCUUUGACCCACAUCAUCUUUGAACUUCUUUCCCAAUGCAGACGUGUUUAUUAGAUCUUGUCUUUUGGAAAAGUCACACAUAUUUGUGAACAAGGUCUAUUCUUUAGUAAUAAUAGAUACUUUAAGGAAAUGUCAGUGAAUGGCAGAGUACUACAUUACUGUAAAGACAAAUAAGGAAUUCAGAGCCACCACAAAUGGUUGAACUGUUAUUUUCUCAGUUUAAAAUUUUUUAAUGAAUAAAGGAAUUUUCAAGAAGUUUAUAA